GUCAAUUCUCAGUUUAGUUACACCGGUUUAAAGUACGAUACGAUUCAAAUAUGAUUUUGAAAGUUUGGGGUCCUGGUUGGGGAUGUCCAUCUAUAGAUGCUAACUCUCUAAUUUUGAUGUCUAUAAAUAAAAUAUGUGGCAAUCAUAUAAUUGUGGAUCAUUCAAAUAUAACUUUUGACGCUAUUUUUAAUAAAAUACCAAUGCUAAUUCAUGGGAAAAAAUCUAUAUUUUUAAAUAUAAAUUUUAUUAUAAAUCAUUUUAAGAAACAAAAUAUAGACUCAGAUACUCUUACCGAUUUUGAAAUAUUGCUUGAUUCUGAAUCUUUUAUCAACUAUAUUUGUCAAAGUUUAUAUCCAGCAAUAAUUUAUACCCUAUGGAUAGACGAUGUCAAUAAUAAAGAAUGUACAAGGCCAGCAUAUGCCAAAAAUAUAAAAGCACCUCUGGGGAUUUAUGUUUUGAAUAGAAUGAAUAAUGGAUACAAAGCGCUACUAGCCGGACUCUUUUCAUUAAACUAUAAAGCCUUGGACAUUAAUGACCAAAAAUUUAAAGAUAUGGUUUAUGAAAAUGCAAUCGUAUGUUUAAAAGCCUUAUCCAAACGCCUUGAAGAGAAUGAAUUUCUUUUGGGAAACCCUUAUCCGACGAAAGUAGAUACCUACAUGUAUGCCAAUUUAGCUAUACUUUAUUAUGCACCCUUGAAAAAUGCGGAACUAAAAUCGCAUCUUUUAUCCUUGCCAAAUCUCGUUUCUUAUGUGCAAAGGUUUACUCAGAUCUAUUUUAACAAUACCACCGAUUCUACAUUUGAUGCCUUUAGUAAGCAAGAAUCAGAAUGGCCUAACAAAAAAAGAGAUAAAAUUUUAUGGGGAAUUUUUAUUAUGACUUCUAUUACUACCUACGCCUUUUUAUCAGGUAUAAUCAAAAUCGAAUAUGUGUAAUAAAUCAGCAAAUCGUUGUUCCGAAAAAGUUUCAAAGCCAAAUGAUAUCAAUAAUUAAAUAAUUACCACACAAUAUUAAUAACCUAGAGUUUCGAGG